UCACUCGGGGGCUCUCCAGCCCCUGCCCCGCGGUCCGGUCCUUUUGCCCCGCCAAGAGCCUGGGCGAAAGCUGCCCUAAAUGGAAGCCGGAUGGGAGCUGGACAGCAGCCGCUGGCCCCGGGGAGGAAGAUGCAGUGCAGAGACGGUCAGCUUAGCAUGGAGUUGAACCGGCUGCUGCUCCUCACAGCCUUCCUCCUCCACAUCAAGCUGUCCAGGCUGAGCCCGGCCCGGCUGGUCUGCGACAACCGGCUGAUCCAGAAAUACAUCAGCGAAGCCAAGGACAUGGAGAAGAGAGUGAGCCAGUGCCAGGAGCUCCCCUUGCUAACCCAGCCCCUUCCUCUGCCCAUGGUGGACUUCAGCCUCCGGGAAUGGAAAACGAAGCCAAAUGAGACGAAAAGGCAGGAGAUCCUCUGGGACCUGGCACUGCUGGUGGAUGCGGUGACCACUGUGCAGGGCCACGUGAGGCAGGAGUGUGCAGCUGCCCUCCUGGGGCAGCUCUACAAGAAAGCCAAUGCCUUCCUCCUGCUCCUGAAGACCUUCAGUUGGCAGGUCAGUGCCUGGCAGCCGGACCGCGCCUCCCGGACAACCCUGCAGAGCCACCCCAGUGUGAUAUUUCUGGUCUACCGGCAGCUCGUGCAAGGCAAACUGCGCUUCCUCUUCCAUGACCUGGCAAAGGAUUUCUGCCAGGAAGGAAGCCGGGGGGUGCCAGAGCCCCCAAGCACCCCAUGUCCCCGGCUGCCUCAAGGACACAGUGAAAGCCCUGCCUGCUGAUGGGGGUGUCCACCAGACCACAGGUGGAGACCGAGUGGGAAGGAAGCAGAUCCUGGCCCCUCACUCUCCAGAUAGGUGGGGGGGGGCAAGAGCAGGGCAGAGAGGGCCCUGCUGGAGCAGAGGAGAGGUCACGCCCAAGGACAUUAACAGCUGGCAGAGGACGAGAAAGGGGGCUCCUUCAGCCCUAGAGAGGCCCCCUACUGAUGGGUCGGUGAAUGUUGACCCACAGCAAAGACUUGAGAGCUGAGCAAAAAGGGGCUUGGCCCCGAGACUGGGCAGGGCCAGAGGAUGCGGUUCUCAGCUCUGCACAUGCCAGGAAAGGGAGAGGACUCUGCCCUCUGAGGAGGGGCUCCUGUGGGUGCACGGCGAGGCACAACUCAUUGGCAUAGGCCUCUGAAUCCAGUCAGCACACAUGCAACACACGCGGACUCCUCCCCACCCCAGGCUACGUGUGAGAGAACUCACUGCCCAUCCACCAGCCCCGUCUCCAGCCGACCACUGCGUACUCCAGGGGUUGGGGGACUCGCUGUGCCAGGGGAUCAGCUGGCAGAAAGCAGCUGUGGACUUACGCACUUGCGGGUACACGACCCUGCGGCCCCAAGGCUCAUGCCCCCAGGUCUCCAUGCAUCAUCCCAGCCCAGAGGGUAAUGCUGCACUUGCAGUUUAUCGCGACUGCAGAAGUGGAAAGGAGACGGAUUCGGGCUGCUUGCUAGAGUUAAGGAGCAGGGAGGGGGUGGGUGUCUUUUACCGGGAAAACGUCUUAUGAUUAAAGAGCUUAUUUUUCUAAAGA